UCUUGUGAGUAUGCAGUCAUUGAUUAUCAACAUGCUCAAUGUUUCGUGCAGGGUUUGCCAGUCGGCUAUGACUCCAAGUUGGAUCCAAUCUUUAUCUCGCGCCAGAGCGCCGCUUCUCAGAAUCUGUGUUCUACUAAUGUCCUUCACCAUUAGCCCUGGAUCCUGAGACACGGGACUUGCAUUUUGAGGACCGCACAGUUUACGAAGACGAAAUUUGGUCGCGCGCCAUUUUAUCUUCACGCAGGCCGUAGUCUGCAAUACCGGCAUAGCAAACUCUUAUGCGAAAUCCGCGAACUAUGUGCUGUCGGCCGUGCAGCAAACGAUGGUUAUUCAUUAUAUCACUCACGGGGCAACCUUCACGGUGACGGUUGUGGGCCACUCGACCGUUGGCGCGGUUGCUCUUCUCGACGCGCUAUACGUCAAGCUUAAGCUGAUCGGAGCGCAAGUGAGCUUCGUCGGAUACCGCGUGCCGCAUGCUGGACAUUUUGGACCUCUAGGACAUCAACAUCGCGCGCAUACACAACAAGAGAGCGCCGACGCCCAUUGUGCCAGGAAGACGCAGCGAAUACUAUGGGCAGCCGGGGGGCGAGGUACGCAUCGAGAACUACGAGCGCGGGUCUCAUGCCCUGGUCGGGACAACGCUGACAAGCGGUGUAUUGCGGGCGCUGUCCGAGUCAGCUCGGUUCUCGAGGGCAGGUUUGCUGAUACCUAUGGGCCGUACCGAGGCGUCAAGACGGGAUGCUGACGGCGUCAUGUGAGGUCACUCAUCGCGUAGUACUACCAAUGUAGUGUACACGGGCUCUGUCUACGUUGACUUCUUGAAUGGUCUCUCGAGCAUUG